UCAAGUGCAGAUUACUGGAAGCCCGUUGCAGGUGUAACGUGGCAAAUACAAAUCAGUGGGACAGUCGACACCAGUGUCGCAGCUGACGUAUUCGACGUGGAUCUGUUCGACACUCCGGCAUCUACUAUCUCAACACUUCAUACCACCGGCAAGAAAGUCAUCUGCUACUUCUCAGCUGGGAGUUACGAAGAUUGGCGUCCCGACCAAAGUUCAUUCCAAUCGUCCGACAAAGGGAGUGCUAUGCAGGGUUGGCAAGGUGAAUGGUGGCUUAAUAUCAAUUCUGCAAACGUGCGGUCUAUUAUGACUAAACGUAUUGAGCUGGCAGCCAGUAAAGGCUGUGAUGGUAUCGAUCCAGACAACGUCGACGGCUAUGCCAACGAUAAUGGUAUCGGCAUUACAGAAUCUAACGCUGUCGACUUCCUCAACUUUCUCGCUAACGAGUCUCAUUCACACGAGAUGGCUAUUGGCCUCAAGAAUGCCCUCGGCCUCGUCGAUGCAGUGCUACCUGUUAUGCAGUGGGCCGUCAAUGAGCAGUGUGAGGAAUACAAUGAAUGCGGGCUUUCGAAGCCUUUCAUUGAUGCGGGGAAGCCGGUCUUACAUAUCGAGUAUCCAGAUUCGGCGCCGAAUGUUAGCCCUGAGGUGAAGAAAGCAAGCUGUGAUGUUUCUGCGGCGAGCGGGUUCUCGACUGUUUUGAAGACUACUGAUUUGAGUGCUUGGGUUGAUCCUUGCUGA